AUGAACGGAGUUAGAGGCCGGAAAAAGAGUGUCGGAGAUGAGGGAGGAGGGAGAAGAAUUGAACUAGUUGAUGUAUGGCCCAAGUGGCUAACAGACAACAUUCCAGCGCAGGUUUUGAAGGACAUCGUGCCCAAGUCUUCCGAUUCUUACAUCAAAAUAGACAAGAUAGGCGCGGGAACGUACAGCAACGUGUACAAGGCGAGGGACAGGGCGACAGGGGAGACGGUGGCCUUGAAGAAGGUCCGGUUCGACACCUCAGAAGCCGAGAGCAUCAAGUUCAUGGCACGAGAGAUCAGGUUCUUGCAGAGGCUGGAUCACCCCAACAUCAUAAAGCUCAAGGGAUUAGCCACUUCAAGAAUGCAGUUCAGUAUUUACUUGGUUUUCGAAUACAUGCACUCCGAUCUCUCGAGAAUCCUGUCUAGGCCGGAAGAGAGGCUAACACAAUCACAGAUCAAAUGCUACAUGCAGCAGCUGCUUUCCGGCCUUCGCCACUGCCACGAGCGCGGUGUACUGCACAGAGACAUUAAGCCGUCGAAUCUACUAAUAGACAAGAACGGCACACUCAAGCUUGCAGAUUUUGGGCUGGCGAAUUUGAUCAAUCCGAAGAGAAGAAAACGGCCUCUGACCAGCUGCGUCGUGACGCUUUGGUACAGAGCUCCAGAGCUGCUUCUCGGCUCCACGGAUUACGGAGUUGGCAUUGAUCUCUGGAGCGUUGGUUGCCUCGUGGCGGAGAUGUUUGCCGGUAGACCAAUUCUGCCUGGUAGAACUGAGGCUGAGCAAGUCCACAUAAUCUUCAAGCUGUGUGGCACUCCACCAGAUGAAUAUUUCAAAGGACUGAAGCUCUCCACAUCUCUAAUCAACCCUGCAAAGACCUACAAAUCCAGCCUUGCUGAGAAGUGCAGGAACUUCCCUUCUUCUGCUAUGGCUCUUUUAACCGUUCUGCUAGCUCUCCGUCCGUCCCUUCGUGGCUCUGCAGCUUCUGCUCUCGAAAACGAGUUCUUUCAGAGUAGUCCUUUGGCAUGCGGACCCUCUGGCUUGCCGGAUAUCCGAGCUGAGGACAAGGAUCAAGUCCCAAUAAACGAGAGGCGAACGCAUAGGAGUAGUCGAGUAAGGCGAUCACAGAAAGAAGAAGAAAAAGGGAGAUGAUGAUGAAAGGAUGAGUAGUUGCCUCUUGUCGCUAUUUCAAGAUCGAACGAAUGUUGCUAGCUAGAAACAUCGGGAAUCUACCUCCGUUGGCCAGUGCUAAGAUACGUACGAUCAACUAAAGCCUAGUGUCACUAAUCAUCCAUGUAGUGGAGAUUGGAUCAUUUAGAAUUCUUGAACGAUAAAAAUAUAUCUGAGUCAAAUCUAUCACACCUUAUCUCAUACUAUUAUGUAUGAAAUGAGCCCUAAGUAAUUGAUAACCAACUUGCAU